GAUGGAGUCACACACAGGGACACAGAUAGAAAAGCUGGCCAGGCGGAAUUAGGAGAUAGAAGACGAUCUUCCAUAUGUGUUGGCGUUUCUGGAGGUGUGCAUCAAUGUUUCCGGCAAUUCUGUUGCUGCUCUCUCCAUUCGUGCUGCAACCUCCUCCAUGUUCAUUUUCUGAAGCAGCAGAGUCACCCUUCAGCAACGAGAUUGCCACUGACAGGGAAGCCCUGUUGGAAUUCAAGGCAAGCUUGAGCCAGCAGUCGGCCGCACUUGUCUCAUGGAACACUACUAGUGAUUUCUGCCAGUGGCCUGGUGUUACCUGCAGCCUUAGGCACAAGGGCAGGGUGUCAGCUCUGAAUCUUUCCUCGGCAGGGCUUGUGGGCACCAUCUCCCCUUCCAUUGGAAACUUAACAUUCUUGAAGUAUCUCAACCUUAGCUAUAAUGUGUUACAAGGAGAAAUGCCAUCAACAAUUGGCAACCUCUGGCGGUUGCAAUAUCUGAAUUUUAGGGGAAACUCACUUCAUGGUGGGAUCUCAGAUAGCUUAAGAAACUGCACUGGCCUUAUCUACAUCAUGCUUGACCAGAACCAUCUUACCGGGGGAAUACCUUCUUGGCUUGGAGGUUAUCCAAACCUUGUGGCUUUGCUCUUGUCGAGGAACAAUUUGACUGGGACCAUCCCGCCAUCACUGGGAAAUCUCUCAUCGCUAGAGGCGCUAUAUGUUCACACCAACCAGCUUGAGGGUUCGAUCCCUGAGGCGCUUGGCAGGCUCAGGAAUGUCCUGUGGCUGGCAUUAUUUGAGAACCACCUUUCGGGCACCAUACCUGAAGCUGUAUUCAACCUUUCUUCAGUUGGUGCAUUUGGUGUGGAUCAAAAUGACCUGCACGGUACACUGCCACCCAACUGGGGAAACAACCAACCAAACCUUGUUUUUGUCUAUCUUGGGGUAAACCACUUCACAGGAAGUGUUCCAGCUUCCCUUGCCAACGCAACCAUGAUUCACACUCUCGACCUUGGCGAUAACAAUUUCACAGGGAGGAUGCCACCAGCAAUUGGAACACUUUGUCCUGGCAUCCUCACCUUCGACGCAAACAAAAUUGAGGCAAGUGGCACAGAGGGCUGGGAAUUUAUCAUGCCAUUGACGAACUGCAGCCGCCUCCGCGUGCUUAGCUUCCAGUUCAACAUGCUUGCAGGUGAAUUGCCAGGCUCUGUUGCGAACCUGUCAACGCAUCUCCAGGUGUUUUACACCGGAUUUAAUCAGAUUAAUGGGAUGAUACCACCUGGCAUUGGUAAUCUUGUCGGCCUGCAAAAGUUGCAACUCAGUCAGAACCAUCUAAUCGGUGCCCUACCAAGCACAAUUGGUCUAUUAAAAAAUCUGCAAGCUUUGUGGGUAGAUGGCAACGAGUUAUCAGGGAUCAUUCCCCCCACAAUCGGAAACCUAACACAGCUCCAACUACUCACUUUUGACAAUAACAAUUUUGAGGGACCUCUUCCGGUGAGCAUCAGGAAUCUACAGCAGUUGAGUUCAGCAAACCUCUCAAACAACGCAUUCACGGGUCCAUUCCCCAAAGAAUUCUUCAACCUUUCAUCUCUGUCUUACAUUCUUGACUUGUCCGACAACAACUUCAAUGGUCCCCUUCCACCAGAAGUUGCAAGCCUUACUAAGCUCGCAUACUUGAAUAUCUCCCGUAAUAACCUAUCUGGGUCACUACCUGACACGCUGAGCAACUGCCAAAGCUUGCUUGGGCUCCAUUUGGAUGGCAACUCAUUUAGUGGAAGCCUCCCUACAUCUAUCAGCGAAAUGCGUGGAUUGGUAGUUCUGAAUUUGACAGAGAAUCUCCUAUCGGGUACAAUUCCACAAGAAUUUGGACGCAUGAACGGUCUUCAAGAGUUGUAUCUCGCACAUAACAACUUGUCUGGGCAGAUUCCAGGGACCUUCCAAAAUAUGAACGCAUUGUACCAUCUUGACAUAUCUUUCAACCAUCUCAGUGGCCAAGUCCCAGUGCAUGGCGUGUUUGCCAAUUCGACUGGAUUCUUAUUUGUCGGGAAUGAUGGACUUUGUGGUGGUACCACGGAGCUACAUUUGCCUGCUUGUAAAGUUCAGUCCGGGAAGCAUGGCAACAUGAAAAUCAGGGUAAUUCUUAUAAUAACGAUCUCAACUGGGAGCUUUUUAUGUUUUGUAUUGGCAUUUGUAUUUUUCUGUUGGAGAAUGAAAAAGGGAGGUCAUUCUACAACAAUUGCAACAACAGCCCUCUCUUUCAUGGAUGAUAAGUAUCCUAAAGUUUCUUAUACUGAGCUGGCCCAAGGAACUGACAGAUUUGCCUCUGCCAAUUUGAUUGGUAGAGGAAGAUAUGGAUCUGUAUAUAGGGGCAGGUUGUCAUUGAAAAAUGCUGAAACUGUAGUAGCUGUCAAAGUUUUUGAUCUGCAGCAAUCAGGUUCUUCCAAAAGCUUCAUGGCUGAGUGCGUGGCUCUUAGUAAGAUCCGCCACCGUAACUUGAUCAGUGUCAUAACCUGCUGCUCUAGCUCUGACUCGAGACAGAAUGAUUUCAAAGCCAUUGUGUUCGAGUUCAUGCCAAACCAAAGCCUUGACAAGUGGCUACAUGAUGCUAAUCCACGUUCAGAUGUGUCCAGGCACAUACCGGGCCUGACACUAAUGCAAAGACUGAACAUUGCUGUCGAUGUUGCUGAAGCACUUGAUUACUUGCAUACCAACUGCGAGCCACCGAUAGUGCACUGUGAUCUGAAGCCAAGCAACAUUCUUCUCAAUGAGGACUUCGUCGCCUGUGUUGGGGAUUUUGGCCUUGCAAAGAUCCUUUAUGCUUCAGAAGGUGAACAAGUCAUCAAUUCGAAGAGCUUCACUGGCAUAAGAGGAACAAUUGGGUAUGUUGCUCCAGAAUACGGGCACGGCGGACAGGUCUCUUCAUGCGGAGAUGUCUUCAGCUUUGGAGUGCUCCUCCUUGAGAUAUUUACAGGGAAGGCACCAACUGAUGCCAUGUUUGUGGAUGGGUUAACUUUGCAGGGCUACGUGAAGAUGGCGUUUCCAGACAGGCUGAUGGACAUUGUUGAUCCAGUCCUGUCCACUGAUGAAACUUGUGCAAGGAAUCAACAACACAGAAGCAAUGGAUGGGGAGAGAUUGACAAUGCCAUCAUCUCUGUAACUGAACUUGCACUAUCCUGCAGCAAGUUAACACCAUCAGAGAGGAUUUCGAUGAGAGACGCUGCGGAUGAGCUGCGCAAGAUAAGAGACCGCUACCUUACCGACCUAUCAAGGGCAAACAAUUUGUGAAUUAGCAAACUGGUAGGUCAUGUGUAUGUAUAGUAUGUUAGGCAGAGUCAGUUACACAGUUUGAUAUGCAUAUAUAUUGAGAUUUUCAUGGUGCACACAGUACCACCGCUUAGUGGUAUAUAAUAUAGAGGGGAUCUAGCCCUUCAUUAGUAAGGGUAAUUUUAUAAUUAUUUUCCAGUUAUAAAU